AUGCGUAUACCACUUCCAUCCAACCUACAAUAUCCAAUCAAGGUUCACCAAGUCAAUGCGACGCCAGGAACACGAGUGAAAAUACACGAUCCGCUGUUCACGUAUAGCUAUACGGUCAUCGUGAAACAACAAGUGGGUCGUUACGAUGAUACGGAAGAGGAAGUCAAGAAGGAGUUCGAUGCCUCUUUUGAGAGUCCAGUAGAAGGCGUUGUCGGAACCUGGCUGGUAUGGAACGACGACCUCCUUCGUGGUCCUCGCGACGUCUGCGAAAUCAUCGAGGACUGCAAACACUCUGUUGUCUUCAAUGAAGACAAAAAGACUGACCAGCAAUCUAGCUCUGACUCGGUCGAGCGUUCCAACGCCACUGUGAAAGCUGCGCACGGCACCGACAAGCUGUUGAUCAGCGGACAAGAGGCCUCGGAAGCUGACGAGGUGUCGAAGAAGCGUCUCUUAUCGGCUCGCAAACUCUCCCUCGUUGUCGAUCUUGAUCAGACUAUUAUUCACGCUGCGGUCGACCCUACCAUCGGAGAAUGGCAGAAGGAUCCUGAGAACCCCAACUUCGAAGCGCUGAAAGAUGUACGUGCUUUUCAACUACAGGACGAUGCUCAAGGUACAAGGAGUUGCUGGUACUACAUCAAGUUACGACCCGGCCUCGAGCAAUUUCUAGAGAGUGUCUCGGACAGGUAUGAACUGCACAUCUACACAAUGGGCACAAGACAGUAUGCUCAGCAGAUAGCAAAGAUUGUCGAUCCUGACCGAAAAUAUUUCGAGGAUCGUAUCCUCAGUCGAGACGAAAGCGGCAGUAUAGUAGCAAAGAACCUUACACGAAUAUUUCCCGUCGAUACGAAGAUGGUCGUUAUCAUUGACGACCGAGGUGAUGUGUGGAAGUGGAGUCCUAAUCUGGUCAGAGUAAAUCCCUUCGACUUCUUCCUCGGUAUAGGUGAUAUAAACUCUGACUUCUUGCCAAAGAAGCAAGAGAUACCAAGCACGCCCCAGAACGGCGUUGAAGAGGCGGUCAAGAACGAUACACAGACUCAUUCCGCGCCGACUGACGAGGAAUUGAAAACAAAUGGUCACAUCGCAACGCAGGAGACGCCAGGCACAGAUACUUCGGCUCUACAGCAGGUUCUGUCAAUGAGUGGCGACGAGGGCGCUACAGGAGAGAUGACGAAAUCCCAGGAAGAGACUAUCGCGACUCAGCUCGAGGAGAAACCUUUGCUCAAGCUGCAACAGCAGUUGGAUGAGAAAGACGGCACUGAAGAUAGUGUCGGCUCUGUUCCUGCUAUAGAGAGCCCAGAAUCUGACUCCUCUGACUCCGAUACGUCGACAUCUGGAAAAGGUAAGCGCCACGCUAUUCUGAGAAACGACGAUGAGGAAUUGGUCCACCUUGAGCGCAGUCUCAAUGCUGUCCACGAGAAGUUCUUCGCCGAGUAUGAUCGCAAGCGUGGGCACGGUAGUGGUGGAAGAGUAGCUGCCUUGGCCGGAAAACGCAAAGAACCUUUACCCGAACAGGAUGACUCCGCUACCCUGCGGAGCGUGCCAGAUGUUAAGCAGAUUAUACCUGCAAUGAAACGAAGGGUCAUGGACGGCAUCGUCAUCGUCUUCAGCGGCGUCGUCCCUUUGAGUACCGAUAUUCACUCCGCUGACAUUGCAAUCUGGGCGCGAAGUUUUGGUGCCCGAGUUGCGGACAAAGUGUCCAAAGAGGUUACUCAUGUCGUUGCCGCUCGUAUUGGCACUUCUAAGGUCAAGACUGCGGUGAGGCGCGACAUCCCAGUAGUCGGCACGCAAUGGCUCAUACACAGCUUUCAGAGAUGGAAGAGACAGGACGAAGGCGCAUACUUGAUUAAGGACAUCGGACAAAAAGAGCAUGAAAGGGGACCAUCGAGCGAGGUGGGCGACCCAGAUCCAGACUUUCUUGGUGAGAAGCGACUCGGUGAACCGAAUGACCAUCUCUUGAGCUCGGAAGACGACGCUUCUGGUGCAAAUGAAACAGAUGAUGACAAAGAAGAUCGUUCUGCGAAACAGGAGCAAAACCUUGAGGUCGAUCUACCAGAAGGUGAUUUUGACUAUGACCUAAAUCACGAUUCCAGUAGUCCUGUCGAUUUGACACGCGAUGAGUGGCAAGAGAUGCAGGACGAAUUGGCUGAAUUCAUGGGCAGCGAUUUAGACUCGGAAUCAGACGCAGAAUCUGUACAAUCCGAUCGCUUGACGUCGAGGCCUGCGAAGAAGCGGUCAAGAGACGACAUCGAUAACGGUGAUAGCGAGCAUGAUACUGAGAGCGAUAGCGAAACCACAAAUGGAGAUCACAAGCGACACAAAGGCUCAAGGCACAGUGGCAGUUCCUUGAAAGCUGUGAGCAAUGUCGAAGCACUUGAAAACAGCACUUCUACUGGGCAUACUCAACAAGACGAGGAUGACAAUGAUGACGACUUGGCGAGAGAACUGGAGCUGGAACUGGAAGCUGCUCAAGCUGAGGAGGAUGCAGCAGCGCAGACUUAA